AUGGCUGCCCUCGCCAACGCUGCUGUGCUCCCCUCCACCUUCGUCGGCCAGAGCGCUGAGCUCGCCGCCAAGGUGAACAAUGUCGAGGCCCGCGUGACGAUGAGGAAGACCGCCAAGGCGGCUUCCAGCAGCGCCUUCUACGGCCCCGACCGCAACCUGUUCCUGGGCCCCUACACCUCCCCCCCGUCGUACCUCACCGGCGAGUACCCCGGCGACUACGGCUGGGACACCGCUGGUCUGUCCGCUGACCCCGAGACCUUCGCCAAGAACCGCGAGCUGGAGGUGAUCCACGCCCGCUGGGCUCUUCUCGGUGCCCUCGGCUGCCUGACCCCCGAGCUCCUCGCCAACAACGGCGUUGAGUUCGGCGAGGCUGUGUGGUUCAAGGCCGGCGCUCAGAUCUUCUCCGAGGGUGGCCUGGACUACCUCGGCAACCCCAGCCUGAUCCACGCGCAGUCCAUCCUGGCCAUCUGGGCCACCCAGGUCAUCCUCAUGGGUGCCGUCGAGAGCUACCGCGUGGGUGGCCUCGAGGGCUUCCAAGAGGUUGAGGACCCCCUGUACCCCGGCGGUGCCUUCGACCCCCUGGGUCUGGCUGACGACCCCGAUGCUCUUGCGGAGCUCAAGGUGAAGGAGCUCAAGAACGGCCGCCUCGCCAUGGUGUCGAUGUUCGGCUUCUUCGUCCAGGCCAUCGUGACCGGCAAGGGUCCCCUGGAGAACCUGUCCGACCACCUGGCUGACCCCACCGUGAACAACGCCUGGGCCUACGCCACCAACUUCACCCCCGGUGCUUAA